AUGCCAGCCGUACCGUCUCGUUUGCCGACGUCCUGCGUUUCCAACACCCCUCGGGUCGGAUCCCCAUUAUCUCCGUCCUCAUCUCCUUCAUCCGCAUCACCAACUGAGCCGCAUGACGACGAUGCCGACUCGGACAAGGCCUAUUCACCUGCCCUCUCGGGUCACUUUAACCGCCUCACCUUUUCUGUCGGCUUUCCACACUUGACGACGCCAUCACCCCCCAACAACUCGGCAUCUCUAGACGCCACUGCCAUCCAAACCCAGACCAUCUCUCUGUAUUUUGACACCAGCUUCGUACCAGGGGAGCCGCUCUUUGCCGUCUUCGACCACGACGGCCUCGUCUCGUGUACGUCGUCACCGCCAAGCCAGUACGCACCCGUGCCUUUCAGCCCAUACACAGCCAUCACCAGCCACACCAUCGUUCACUUCUCCUCCUCACCCCGCAGUCGUCGUCGCCGCCGCCGCCGCACACUUGUCCUCAGCAGCGUUUGCUUGGCCGCGACUCUCUUGCUCUGCUUUCUAGCUAUCGGGUUGUUCGUUCUGUUGAACUUGGAGCCCUUUCCGACAACCACAAGUCGCCCCGAUGCUGCCCUCCCCGUCGUAUUGUCUCCUCUUCCGCUUCAGGAUAACUUCACAAGGAUUCUCUACCUCCAUGAUGAGGCUCUCGUUCCCCUGACGAUUCCCACCGACCAUUACAUCGACAACAAGAGCAACAAAAGCAACAGCAACGCCACUUCUCUCGCCCUCCUUGCGUCUUUACACAACCAAGUCACCGACUUCUGCCUCGUACUCACUGCCCGAGCUCCGGCCGAUACCGACAUUGUCCAGUACUUCAACCGCGUGUGCGGCUGGGUCUCGGAUGCCAUGAGGGACCUACGUGUCGCGUGGAUGCAGGCCUCAACCUUUUACAACAACUCCAUGAGCUUUUCCACACCGCAUUGGCUCCAGUCCCUUGCGCGGGCGCUGGACGACACACCUCGCGGCAGCAGCCACGAUACCAGCACGCGUGCUGUCGCGUACACCGCCGACGCCUCUGACGACACGAUCCGCACGAGUAAAUACAUCUUGACAACCAUGCUAGGCUUCCUCGAUCCGGAAUCCAAGGAGGGACUCCUCCCUCGCAGCCUUCGGAAGGGCCACGCCGUCGUCAACCAGAUCCUUCCCAGCGCCGACACCCUCAAGGGCGAAAUCGACAGGUUGAUGGCACUGGCCGACGAGCACGGAGUCGUGCCGGAUGCCAACGCCCAGCCGUCGCAGACCAAUAAGCCGUCGUCCAUCUGGCAGAGCUGUCGGCUUCUUGUCCUCCGCGACAGCAGCCCUCUCAACAACCAAGGCCAGCUCGGCGCCAACUGGACGGACGCCGCCAUCGAAGGCGACAAGGCUAUGCUUGGCGUCCACGCUUCCCGGAUGCUGGCGCAGUUGACGCAGACGGCCAACAAUACCAUCAAGGCUCUCGAGAGUCAGGUGGCGGACACGGGGGCGCGGUUCCACGACGCCGAAAAGGCACUGGACGACAUGUCGGGAGCACUUCGGGCCCUGCUCGACACGCUCAUGUCCUCGGAACAUGGGACAACCUCGACCCCGGAUUCUCCGUGGCUCGCCACAUGCAAACGCGCCAUCAACGAGGCUACCCGCUGGCUCUCGUCCAUGAUUACGACACCGCGUCGCAGCAGCCAGAAGCGGCAGGCCACACCGUGGAUCACGCAAAUCAACAGCCAUGACGACAUUUCGACAGUCGACCGCCGGCCUUGCGACUGUGCAUCUGCGCAUCUGAUACUCUGGUAUGUCCCGGAUGUCGAUGGGCUUAUCAGCCAUCUCCGUGAAAAGGCCCGUAGCUACGCCGUCUGA